AUGGACACAUCGCCCACAGAGAUUUGCUCUGAGCCAACGCUGGUGCCGCCUGCUCCGCCGCCGAGUCCAACUUCUCCAGCGUUCUUAGAGGAGCAGUACCCUCCACCACUUCCAGUUUCAAAACCUCGAGAGGUAGCAACUGGUGAAUCGGCCACGCAGACAAGUCCGACGGCCAAGGAUACAGAGUCCAACGAAUGCCAUGUGGGAGCUGAUUUGGGGCCGCCCAAGAUGGCAUCAGAUGUCAGUGCACCACCUCCAGACGCAGCAAUGGAUCCACCUGUCUUGCAGAACGCAGCUCUUCAGGCAGACUUGGACACAGAACUGGAUGCGCCUGAGAUUCCGCCAGUGACAAAGAAGCUCAAGACAAAGACUGGGAUGACUUUCCAGGAGCACCGGGCGAUGAAAAGGUUUGUUCCAGACCCAAACAACCCCGCAGAGCUGCGACUGCGACGGGAAAUGGAUAAAAAAAAUGAACGAGAGAAAGAGAGGAAGAAGCGUCGCCAUGUGGAGGCAAUGGCUCUGGCAAAGGCUGCGACGGCCGCUGCGAAGGCCAAGACGGCCAAGACCCUCGACAGCGACCUCGUGAGCUGCUGCAAAGCUGCCUCGGAAGACUUCGAUUGGCAGCGAAUCCCAUUCGUUUUGGAG